GUUUGACCAUAAACCUCUGAAGAAGAAUCUGCCGCAGAUCAGCUGACUGUUGACAAAACUUUCAUCUUCCUCAGUGUGCUGCACCAGGGACCGGUUCCGAGUCCAGGUGGACCGAAUGGCGUUCGUCACGGCCAGCUGGAACCCGCUGGGGGAGGCCUUUUACCGGAAGGUGGAGCUCUAUGAGAUGUGUUGGAGCAUUCGAGACGGCCUUCGGGACAGUCUGGUGGCUGCAGCGCCGUACGGUGGACCCAUAGCUCUCCUCAGGGAACCCCUUAGACGGUCUCCAAGUUCUCGACCUCAGCUGGAGAUCUACUCGGCCUCGGGCGCUGCCAUCGCCAGCUUUCCUUGGAAGAGUGGGCCUGUGGUCCAACUGGGCUGGUCCAUCAGCGAUGAGCUGCUGUGUGUUCAGGAGGACGGCUCGGUUCUGAUCUACGAUCUGUUUGGAUCCUUCAAAAGACACUUCAGCAUGGGACAGGAAGUGGUCCAGAGUCAGGUGUUGGAGGCCAAGGUGUUCCACUCUCCUUAUGGCACAGGUAUUGCCAUAGUAACAGGCUCCUCCCGCUUCACCUUGGCUACAAACAUUGAGGAUCUGAAACUGCGGAGGUUACCUGAGGUUCCAGGUUUACAGGGAAGACCGGCCUCCUGGGUUGUCCUCACUCAGGACAGACAGACCAAAGUCCUGCUGUCCAUCGGACCAGAACUCUACAUCCUGGAUAACACGUCCUGCACCGCUGUGUGCCCCCCAGGCCUGAGUCCCCAUGCGGGCAGCAUCGUGCACAUGAGCGUGUCUUUCAGCUACAAGUACUUGUCCCUCUUCACAGACUCUGGACACCUGUGGGCGGGGCUUUCUAACCUACAGGACAAACUCUUGGAAUUUGACACCAAGACGACAGAAAGACCCAAACAGAUGCUGUGGUGUCGCAGGCCGAAGAGCCAGCAGCCGUCGGUGGUGUUGAUGUGGGACAGACUGCUCCUAGUGGUCGGAGAGUGUAAUGACACCAUCCAAUUCCCUGUUGAGGACCCGUCUGUUUUGGUGGGGGAGAUGGACGGAGUUCGGAUCAUCAACUCCACCAAUCAGGAGCUGCUGCAGGAGGUCCCUCUGGUCUGCCAGGAUAUCUUCAAGAUCGCCUCCAUGGCGCCUGGAGCUCUGCUGCUGGAGGCCCACCGGGAGUAUGAGAAGUCCAGCCAGAAAGCUGACGAGUACCUGAGGGAGAUCAAGGAGCAGAACGUGCUGGAGGAGGCGGUGCGACAGUGUGUGGAGGCCGCGGCUCACGAGUACGACCCCGCCACCCAGAAGUCCCUGAUGAGGGCGGCGUCCUUUGGGAAGUGUUUCCUGACGGACUUCUGCUCCGAUCCCUUCGUGUCCACUUGCAGAGAGCUGCGAGUGCUGAACGCUGUUAGAGAGAGCGGCGUGGGAAUGCCACUCACACACACUCAAUUCAAGCAGAUGACAUUGCAGGUGCUGAUUGACAGGUUGUUGUUUCGACAGUUCUACCCGUUAGCCAUUGAGAUCUGCCGUUACCUGAAGAUUCCCGACUAUCAGGGCGUUAGCAGAGUCCUGAAGCACUGGGCCUCCUGUAAGGUGCAGCAGAAAGACUUGUCGGAUGAAGCCAUAGCGCGAGCGGUGUGUGUGAAGGUGGGGGAAUCACCUGGAGUCUCGUACUCUCAUAUCGCCGCCAAAGCUUACGAAUGUGGACGCACCGAACUCGCCAUCAAGCUCCUGGACUUUGAACCUCGGUCUGGAGAACAGGUUCCUCUACUGCUGAAGAUGAAGAGGAGUCAUCUGGCUCUCAGCAAGGCUGUAGAGAGUGGAGACACGGACCUCGUUUACAUGGUGGUCACACACCUGAAGAAUGAGAUGAACAGAGGGGAUUUCUUCAUGACUCUGAGGAACCAGCCGGUGGCCCUCAGCCUCUACAGACAGUUCUGUAAGCUUCAGGAACAGGAGACUCUGAAAGACCUCUACAACCAGGACGACAACCAUCAGGAGCUGGCCAACUACUACGUCACUGCGUCCUACAGAGAAAAGUCCUCACCUGUGUUUUCACCUGUGCUCCUCACCUGUGUUUCUCACCUGUGGUUCUCACCUUUGUUUUCACCUGUGGUCCUCACCUGUGGCCCUCACCUGUGUUUUCACCUGCGGUCCUCACCUGCGGUCCUCACCUGUGGUUCUCACCUGUGUUUUCACCUGUGGUCCUCACCUGUGGUCCUCACCUUUGGUUCUCACCUGUGCUUUCACCUGUGGUUCUCACCUGUGGUCCUCACCUGCGGUCCUCACCUGCGGUCCUCACCUGCGGUCCUCACCUGCGGUCCUCACCUGCGGUCCUCACCUGUGGUCCUCACCUGUGGCCCUCACCUGUGUUUUCACCUGUGGUUCUCACCUGUGGUUCUCACCUGUGGUCCUCACCUGUGGCCCUCACCUGUGUUUUCACCUGUGGUCCUCACCUGUGGUCCUCACCUGUGGUCCUCACCUGUGGUCCUCACCUGUGGUUCUCACCUGUGGCCCUCACCUGUGGCCCUCACCUGCGGUCCUCACCUGCGGUCCUCACCUGUGGUUCUCACCUGUGGUCCUCACCUGCGGUCCUCACCUGUGGUUCUCACCUGUGUUCUCACCUGUGUUCUCAUCUGUGUUCUCACCUGUGUUUUCACCUGCGGUCCUCACCUGUGGUCCUCACCUGUGUUUUCACCUGUGGUUCUCACCUGUGGUCCUCACCUGUGCUCCUCACCUGUGGUUUCACCUGUGUUCUCACCUGCGGUCCUCACCUGUGUUUCUCACCUGCGGUCUUCACCUGUGUUCACACCUGUGGUUCUCACCUUUGUUCUCACCUGUGGUCCUCACCUGUGGUCCUCACCUGUGGCCCUCACCUGUGUUUUCACCUGUGGUUCUCACCUGUGGUUCUCACCUGUGGUUCUCACCUGUGGUCCUCACCUGUGGCCCUCACCUGUGUUUUCACCUGCGGUCCUCACCUGUGGUCCUCACCUGUGUUUUCACCUGUGGUUCUCACCUGUGGUCCUCACCUGCGGUCCUCACCUGUGGUUCUCACCUGUGUUCUCAUCUGUGUUCUCACCUGUGUUUUCACCUGCGGUCCUCACCUGUGGUCCUCACCUGUGUUUUCACCUGUGGUUCUCACCUGUGGUCCUCACCUGUGCUCCUCACCUGUGGUUUCACCUGUGUUCUCACCUGCGGUCCUCACCUGUGUUUCUCACCUGCGGUCUUCACCUGUGUUCACACCUGUGGUUCUCACCUUUGUUUUCACCUGUGGUCCUUACCUGUGGCCCUCACCUGUGGUCCUCACCUGUGUUCUCACCUGUGGUUCUCACCUGUGUUCUCAUCUGUGUUCCUCAUCUGUGUUCUCACCUGUGGUCCUAAC